AUGGAAGAUGUCCGUACUUUGCGGUUUGAUAUCCAAUGGGAUGUUUUCGAGGGCAUGCAAAUAGUUGACAUCAAUUCAAAGUACUAUGACAUGGUGAUUGAGUUCAUGUGGUCCAAUUCAUUUCUGAAAAGUCUAGUCUAUGAGAGUCUGGGACUAUUCGAUUUGCCGGAUAUGAAAGAGACUUAUUCUUGGUAUGUGCGACACAUCCUGCGAAACGAGUGCUCCGUGAUGAUGAUCAGCGAGGACGAAACGCAGAUAAGGGCAGUGGGAUUGCUGGAAUGGAUGACCGAGGAAUGGCACUCCUGGGUCUUCUUUCCCUCUUCGUUGCCCAGGAAUCUGUUCCAGCAGAUCAUAAUGAUGAAGAAGGAGCUCAUCGAUGCGACCAAAGCGAACAUGGGCAUCUCCACCUACGAUGCACUCUUUGUCCACGAAAUCGCCUUUCCGGAUGGGCUCUACUUUAACCGCGAUUUCCUGUCGACCAUCUUCGAUGUCUUCGGCUUUGUGGCCCAGCACAUGCAUAUGCCGCGAGUUAGCUUCAUCGCCCUGAGCUCCGUGGACCAGGAGGCCGCCAGUCUGAUCGAUUACGACGAGAUCGGGCGGACUAUCUACUCGAUCUACAAGGUGGGCAACACCCGCCCCUUUGACAUCCUCCGCGAGCUGGACGAGAUGUACGCCCUGCUGUUCGAACUGGCCGUAUCGCCGGUACUGAAGUACAUCGAAAUGCCCGGAUUCGAGGAGUUCCACGAGGCCCUGGAUGCCAGGUUGGCCAAGGAGGCAGCCGAAAAGCGGCACGACGACGAUAUUUGAUAUGUUUUUUGCUGUCAUCUUUACAUAAAUGUCUGCCUACUCUUGGGCUUCACCAUCGUAA